CAUAUUCAUUAUAAAUGUUGUUUUAAAAUCAUCGUUAGCAACUGACGCGCACAAUUCGGCUAUCGAUCAAAGAAAUCAUACUGUUUUCAAGCCAACAUCGUAUUUCACAGAAAUGAUGUCCUUAUAUCCACAGUUACCGACGAAAAACGUAAGUUACUUCGAGAAAUCGGAAAAUUUACUACGUCUGCCCAAGAAAUAUUACGAAGAUAGGAAGAGGAAACGAAAAACGAUAAAGAAAUUACCAAAGAGAACUGUACAGAAGAUAAUUAAAAAAAGCAAAACUAAGUAUAGAAGAAAUUUUAAUCUAGCGACGAUGCAACCAACACAAGUAUCGAAUUUAAUUGACAAAUCAUUCUCAGUACUAGUAAAUAACGAAGUAACAACACAGAUGAACUUAAGAAAGAAAUCAAGGAAGAAUUUGAAGUUAAUGAGAUAUCCCAUGCCGUUCCAAAAGCUACCUUUUCACUAUAGAUAUAAGAGAGAUAAUGAUAGGGAUGUUUAUAUUUUAAAAGAUUUAGAUGAAAUUCAAUUUCUUAGUGAUGAAGACGGCUAUGACGUUGUAAAGGCUCAUGUUAAAAAUUAUUGGUAAA